GUCUGUGUCAACCCUGCUCUAUCUGUGAUGAUCCUGCUCCAUGACAGCACUGCCCCAUGACUCUUCUGUGAUGUAGGCUGAUAGCAUUGUGUUUAAAAUGGAAGUUGACAUAAGUGGAGAGUCCAGAACUACCAUAUCCACCCUUCCUGUGCCUCUUGCAGAAGUGAGUCCUGUGGGCAGGAUGGAAGCAGAGAAGCCACGCUGUUCCAGUACCCCCUGCUCACCAAUGCGACGGACAGUUGCGGGAUAUCAAAUCCUGCACAUGGAUUCUAACUACCUGGUCGGCUUCACAACUGGAGAGGAGCUGCUAAAAUUAGCCCAGAAGUGUACAGGAAGUGAAGAGAAUAAAGGGGAAUCUGGGCCAAACUUGCACUCCAAACAGCUUGAUUCAGGACUUACACGUUCCUCCCGUUUGUACAAAACUAGAAGUAGGUACUAUCAGCCAUAUGAGAUCCCAGCAGUAAAUGGAAGGAGGAGGAGAAGGAUGCCGAGCUCAGGGGAUAAAUGCACUAAGGCUUUACCAUAUGAACCUUACAAGGCACUUCAUGGUCCCCUGCCUCUUUGCCUUUUAAAAGGUAAAUGGGCUCAUUCGAAAUCCCUGGACUACCUCAAUUUAGACAAAAUGAGCAUUAAGGAACCUGCUGACACGGAAGUGCUACAAUACCAGCUCCAACACCUCAACCUCAGAGGGGACCGUGUGUUUGCAAGAAAUAGCACAUGAGCUACCAUCAACUUGAAUUUAGAACCGAUUUCUUGUUAUUUCUGUUGCUGCAAAAAUCCACUGUUGUACUGUGUACAUGACUAUCCACAUUGUAUGUGGUUGUAUCAGCUAAAUGUUAUCAGAAAGUAAUAUAUUUGAAUAGAAUCUUGGAAAUGGCAAUGUGUUAAAAAUACGUGGAGGGAGAAAUCUUUCCUAAGAAAGCAGCUUCUGAUGCAAAUUUGACUUCAACUGGUGGAUAUUUUCUUUGAACACCUUUUAACAAAAAAAAAAAAAACACCACCUUUUGAUUGUGGGGUUUGGGAUUGGUUUUUUUUUUUUUAACAGUUUGAGCUGGUAUUUCCAGUAAUUUAACACUGAAAAAAUGGUGAUGUCUGCUUGGUUGUUGCUGAUUUUGGCCUGAUGUUAGAAACUGCUCUUGGAAAAGUGCUUAAGUUUAGGAGGUUUUUUGGUUUGACUUUCUGUUCCUGUAUUCUACAGUAAAACAUACGUAUUUAUUUUUUCUUUUCACAUGGAGAGGAAAGUGAGCUUGGUUAAAUAAGAUCACUUCUGUUUAAGCAAUUAAGUUCAAACAUUUUCAGACUGCACUUACAAUGGUGAUGAGGGUGAGAUUAACUCAGAGCAAACCUUUGCUACUUGAAUCCUAUUAAAUGAUUUUUUUUUUUUUUUUUUUUGUUUCUGUGUGGAAGUAGUUGCUUUGCCUCCUCUGUUCUAUAUAAAACUUGUUCAGGAUAAGUAUUUGAGUCAUUAGAAAAAAAUCUUUUGGGGAGUAAAGAUUUUUUUUUGUAAGUGGGAUUUUUUUUUCACAUUGUUAUGGCACAAAAAAUGAUUCACUGCAGAUUCCAGUAAAUAAACUGGAAUGUCUGCUUUGAUAUGUCAGUAAUGGUUUUGAUUUUUAACCUGUGAUUUCAGUAUCAUGCAUGGUAACAGGAGAUGUUAAAUAACUUCAUUAUUUUGGAAGUGCAGUUGAUUUGAAGCACUGAACACUAGAGAUCUGGAAAGCCGAUUUUGAUUUACUUUUUGUUGUUUGCUUUUUUUUAAGAGAUAAUCCUGGAUUAUUUAUCUCAGUAGAUUGAAUACACUGGCUUACUUAUGUUACUUAAGAAUUUUUUAUCCAGUCAUGAUGUAAAACUCAGUUUGGCAGCUGUAUUCGUAGAUGUAUUUAAAACAUCGUAGUAACUUUAAAAAGGAGCAAUAGUUUUUAGAGGGGUUUUUAAUUUUAGGUGCAAUCUUUUACUUGAAUCAGUGUGCAGCUUUUGGCUGAUGACCUCUCAGAAGUAGUUUAAAAAUAAGAUCACAUUUUUUGAAACAUAAAUUGUUUGAUCAGUUGUUUCUGGUAGAAUUAAUAUUUGUUUGUUUAUCAUUCAGAAUGAAUAGAAAGCACUACUUAGUGCAUGCACUGUGGAGUCCUCAUUCUGUCAUUCCACAGCUGGUAAAUGAAGGCAGCCCAUUAGUCUGCAUUUUGCUAGUUUGAUUAUCUUUUUUUUUAGGUUUUUUAAAUCAUUGCAACAAACCUAUGUGUUUUUUUAAAAGCUAACAACACAAGUGUAAACUCAAUGUAUUGAACAAUGAUUUUGAAAGUAAAAUCUUCUUAUAUAGUCUUUAGUUUGAAAAACAGAUUAUGGUCAGAUGCCAAAGAGAUGGGGAUUUUCUUUAAGAAAUAAACUCCAAUGUUUAACGAAAUACCCUGUAAAACUGCGUUUCUGGCUGAAAAAUAAAAAGGGUGGUAUAAAUA